AUGCUGAGGGUGCCCGUGGAGUAUUAUGCUAUCGCGGUUGAGAUCAUUAUAACGAAGAGCCACUCGUCUCUUUGGAACCAGAUCCGAAACGACCAAGUCAUCCCCCCAGAGAAGACGUUGGAGGUGAUUCGGAAGCGAAUUAGUGUGAACAAUGACAACGACGACGACAGCAUCAUGGUGGUGACCGAGGAGCUGCCGAUCGAUCUUGCGGAUCCGUUCUCGGCCAUUAUGUUCGAGACGCCAGUCCGAGGUGCCACAUGCACCCACCUGGAAUGCUUCGACUUGAGUAACUGGCUCGAGACGCGCGAGCGCAAACCUCAAUCUCGCAAAUGCAUCUCGCACCAGGCAGACAUGGCGGUGUCCCAUUAA